AUGCUUGUUUACCAGUUUAUAUGGCUCGAAAUCGCGCUGGGCUUCUCGGCGCCGACGUGGGGCAGACGCUACGACGUGGAGCACGAGUCGUACAAGCUGUUCGGCGAGGGCGUGCACUCGGUGCUGGCACGCUUCAGACGCAGCCCCGAGUACCUGGAGAUCCUGAAGACCCACAUGGAGGAUAUAAAGAGAGAGAAGAACGAGAUAACUCACCAUAUAAUGACGUUCACCUUCGCGGAACUGGAGAGCAGACUAGAAGCCAUAUUUGGGGUUAAUUCGACGAAGCGCUCAGGAUACGAAAAAGCGUCGUCCUGGGAAACCGGUCAGAGGCCGGGCCAUCCGUCAUACCGUCGCGACGACGAGCCCAGCACAAACACCACGGACAUGGAGGAGAAGGUCUACGCUCUCGACAACUACUCCAUGAUGGACGGCCCACUGACUGUGGACGAGAAGAAUCGUUUCAAGGACUUCGGCUUCGAGGUGGCCGGAGAGGUCAUCCAUAAGCUGAUAAGCCAUCUAGACCCGACAGACUCGCCGAUGCAGUCGACCCGGCAGCCAUGGGGCAGCGGGAAAAUAUACAACAUCACCAACACCACGGAGCACAACCACGUGGUGACGCGGUCGUCGACAGUAACAAUAUAUGUCAACUCGCUCAACUCGACGCCAACAGCAACAACAAAUGCCGCCAAAUACUACAGACAACGCAAGAAACUGUUCCGA